AUGAGAGCAAUGGUUUUGGACCUUGUCAAAGGAACAAUCCUAGCCUUUCUGGCCGGACUUGGCACUGCAGGGAACAUCUUUGUUUUUGUAAAUCAUAUACUCAUGCUUAGGGGUACUGAGAAGAAGGUUGUGCACCUUAUUCUCAUCCAUUUGGCCUUUGCAAAUAUCAUAAUGCUUCUGUCCAAGGGAAUGCCAAGGACGAUGGCAGAUGUUGGUGUGAGAAACUUUCUGGAUGACACCAGCUGUAAGAUCGUGUGCUACCUGGAGCGGGUGGCCCGGAGCCUCUCCAUCUGCACCAGCGGUCUCCUCACGGUGGUCCAGGCUGUCACUAUGAGUCCCAGAAGCUCUCGGUGGAGGAGGCUCCGGCCCAGGUCUGCAUGGUUGGUUCUUUCUUUGUUUCCCUUCCUGUGGAUAUUCAGUUUUUUGACAAACAUCAGUUUACUCCUUUACAUUACAAGUACUAGUGUGAACACAUCACAAAUGAGUGAGAGUGACUACUGUUAUUUUCGGCCCAAAAAUCAGAAGGUAAGAUGGAUCAUUCUCAGUAGCAUGGUCCUACGGGAUGCUGUGUUUCAGGGUCUCACGUGUGGGCCGAGCGCCUACUUGGUGCUUCUUCUCCGUAGGCACCACCAGCAUGUUCUCCACCUGCAGAGCUCCAAGUUCCUGUACAAAACUCCCACUGAGGUCAGAGCUGCCCGAAGUGUUCUCCUUCUGAUGCUCUGUUUCCUCUUCUUUUAUUGGGCAGAUUGUGUUUUUGCUCUACUUGUGAAUUCCUUCUUGAAGAGUAAUCCUAUGUUAAAUAUUCCAGAGUUUCUCACCCUUGGUUAUGCGAUUCUCAGCCCAUUUGUGCUGAUUCACAGAGAUGGACAUGUGGAGGACUGCUGGCCCUCUAGGUGGGAGAGCAGGACUUGCAGAAAAUAUUUAUUCCCUGCAUCCUUUAAAGUAAGUAAGUUUGAAAUAACGCUUACUUUCAUUGUGCUCUAUGUAGUAAAAACUCAAAUGAGAGUAGCUCACUUGAGACAAAAAUACAAGUGA